UGAUAAAUGUAACGCUGCAGCACAUUCUGUUUAGACGUCCUUCACCGUGGUUCUAAGAGCAUCUUCGUCCAACCGUUUGAAGGAACAUCGAGGCAUCAUGAGGACCACUUACAUCCUUCUGCUCUGCGUCCUGGGAGCUGCAAUGCUGUCUACAGUUAUCUGCCAGACUUCACUUGGUCCAGACGAAUGCUGCUUCACAUACUACCCGAGAAGACUGAACAAAAACCUCAUCGGCUCAUAUGAGAUGACUGAUCACCGGUGCGCCAAGCCUGCAGUCAUUCUGGUUACCAAACAAAAGUCUCGUCGCAUCUGCGUGGAUCCCAGUGUCCCCUGGGUCGGGGGCAUCAUGAAAUAUCUCGAUGAGCGCUCCUUCUAAACCAGCUACCUGUUGGUCCGUCCAGCUUCUGCUGCUUCAUCAAAUCACAUCCUAUGAAAUGCAUGUAACCGUGUGCUCAUGAUUUUCCUAAUAAUGGGCAAAUCUUCUACAAGUAACUAAAAACUUUGCUUUUUAGUGGCUUCAUCUGGAGGCUGAAUUGAGCCACUGAUCAACCACAUCCUGUUUGUGUAACGACCCUCUGAUGCUUUGUAUCACCCACAGCAGUAUAAACCUCAUAUAAACACAGUCAGCAGUGUGAAAACUUCUUAAUUUCCUCCUGAGCUGUCAAGUCUUGUGGUCUGUGCAAACCUUGAUCAGUCUUCCUUAGAAAUUGUCU